AUGUCACUGACGCUGUGUGUCGCCGGCUUUGUGAUAAUUUUACUUACCUACCAUUUCUUAUGGAAGGAUCCCACACCGAUUUUAGGCAUAUACGCCGUCCCUGGAAAGUGGUAUCAUGUGAAAUACGUGCUCUUUGGAAUCUUGUACUAUGUUAGAAAGUUCUCCAAAAAGGAUACAGCAGCAGGUCCUGAUGGACGAGCAGGACAAGGUGUCAAGGCAAUUGCUGACCCAAACCUUAUGGACAGGGCACAACCCUUGAGCGACCAUGCGAAGGCCUUUGACGCAGUAUUCUUCAUUUCGGCAAAUAGCGAAAAGGACAAAGGCGUUUAUGUGAUCGCUGGCUGCGAGCGAAGACCACUGGGCAUGUGCAACGGACUGUUCUAUAUCGGCCUUCCAAACAAAGGUCUGCUCUGCAGCAAGAAAAUACCUGACACAGUAUUAUUUGGAGCAGAAAUCGGAGAGUUUGGAGCUGAGGGGAUUAAAAUAACCCCUGUGACUCCAAUGGUGAAGUGGACCAUCUCUUACAAAGGACAGAUGUGGUAUCAAAACGAUCCAAGCAAGCUGGUGGAUGUGGAUUUCUUCGGAGAAUGGAAUGCAACCUCCAGGUAUUUCGACUUCGAUAGUGACCUGCACCCUCCGGCCAUAAUCAAGUCAAUAGCUCUUGAAAAAUGGAGCCGGGAAUAUUUUGAAAAUCUUAAGACAGCUCACCAGUCCCAUUACGAGCAGUUUGGAUCAUUGAAAUGCAAGUUCAAGAUUGAGAACGAGUCGUUUGAGUAUACCCUGCCCUCCUUUAGAGAUCACAGCUUUGGUCAGAAGCGCGACUGGACUCUGAUGCACAGAUACGCUUUCCACCACAUCUUCCUGGACAACGGUAUCAACAUCAGCGUAGGAGUUGUCUGCCAGCCAUCUACUGCCUCCAUUUUAGAACUUGGUCAAAUCGCCCUUCCCAACGGUGAGGUCUUGCCUAUAAAGUGGGUGGACCUGAAACUCUACCAACAUGGGGAAAGUGGAACUGCUCCUAAGGAUUAUGCAUUCACCUUCGCUGCAGGAGAUGAAGAGUAUACUGUUCAGGUUCUUGUCGAGUAUGAGUCCAUACACUACGUCUCGUCGGACUGGGAUGCCCGAAUGGUGGAGAGAUUCUGCAAGUACAUCGUCAACAACAUACCGGGGCGAGGAGUCUCCGAGUUCCACUAUAGACACAAGGAUGGAAGACCAGAAUCCGUCGCCAAGGACGACCCUGAGUGGUACAGGAAAAUGUGCCAUAAGAUUUAA